AUGUAAAGCGCUGAUCAAAACAGUGCGGGAGUCCCCGAUCUACCACAAAUUGAUGUUUAAAUGAAUGAGCCAGCUGUGUUAAAGCAGGAAUCUGUACAAUAAUCUCCCAAAAAAGAGAAGGUUUAAAAGAAUGGCUAAGUUAAUGAAGGUCAGGAUGGCAGUCCAGAAGGUAAUAAAAAGGCCAGGAAGCCUAGAUAAAGCAAAAAAGAGUAAGCUAGUAAAGAUGGGGAAGAUAAAGCCGCCAUUAAAGAAAAAGAGGAAUCAAAAGAUCAGAAGGAAAAGCUUAGGAAGAGAUAGGUAAAGGAGAAGGAAAAGAAAAAGGAAACUAAAUAAUAAUAGAAGAUCGAAGAUUCUUUGAAGAUUGAUCAAAUCCAAGUGAAAGUUUGUGAAGAAUCCAAAGAGGAGGUAAAAGAAGCAUCUCUAAAUCAAGAAGAUGUUUUAAUGGUAGAUGUAGCUACAAAACCACCUUAAUAAGAAGCAAGCAAGAAGAAAAGCAAGAUGGAGAAGAAGAACACUCCAAAGAAGAUACCAUAGGCAAUAGUGUUACCUGAAAAAGUUCUUGAAUGGAAGUCUAAACAAGAUCAAAUCGCCACCAUAUUGAGAGAACUUUUAAAUUAAGCCCUAGAAGAGCGGGAAAAAUAGGAAAUUAGCGCUCUCUAAGAAGCAAGAGCUUCACAAGAACAGAAAAUAGCUACUGAUGACUUGAUUUAGGUGAUCACUGACAAACUGAUCAGAAUCUCAAAUAUUGGGUGUUCAGAGUAAGAAAAGAAGGAAAUCUUUACUGGCUUGUAAUUGGACAUUUUGAAGGUAGUUGGUCAUCUCAUCGAUUCAAGAGCUAAACUUGCUUAGCUAUGCAAGUCACAUUUGCAGUAGGCAUUAUUAGAGUAGGAUAGAGCACAGCUUCUAGAUCUCUUCAAUUUCUAAGGCUUUCUUGAAACAGUUGCUGAAAGAAAAUAUUAUGGUAUUAAAGAUAGAGCAGCAUUAAUGUAUGAUGAUGAAUCACCAGAUGCCCUUUGGAAUUGGGAGAUAAUGAAUGUUAAAAUAUUUUAGCUUGAGCAGCAAAAGUCUAUUUAGAAUAAAAGAAAUGAAAAAGCUUAGGUGUCCUUAAAAAUUAAACAAUUAGACAAAGUGAUUGGGAUGAUUGAGAAAGCCACAUUGGAAAAAGAUCUACCUAAAAUCGAGGAAGAGUACUAAAAAUACAAGAAAAUUGAGGGGAAAGAAUUAGCACUUAAAUAAUAGUUAGAAGAGAAAAAUCAUUAAAAACUUUAAAAGGAAUAAUAGGAAAAGGAGAAAUUAGAUAAACUCAAUAAAGAGAAGGAGUUAAAGGAAUAGGAGAGGUAGAAAAAGGAAUAGGAACGUCUCAGGCUCAUUAAAGAAAAAGAAGAGUAAAAGGAAUAGGAAAGACUAGAAAGAGAGGAAAAAGCUAAGUAAAGAGAACUUGAAAGGCUAGAUAAAAAGAGAAAAUAAGAAGAGGAGCAAAAGGCUUAAGUUUAGAAUCCAAACCCUCCAAAGUAACCUAGAACUUUUACAUUGAUGGAUAUGAUGAAACUUCAAUAACCGAAAAAGACUGAAGGGAUAAAACAAGAAGAACUAUCAAAGAUUUCUAGUCAAUAAGUAAUAGAAUAGCUGUGUUCACAAAUAAAAUAAGAAGUUAAAUUAUUAGAUUAUGAGAAUUUUAAGCAGAAUAAUUAAGCUUUAAGACCCCCAUAGUUUAUAAAGCAUGAAGCCUACAGAUUAUAAAAUGACUUUAGAUAGAGAAGAGGUAUCUCAUUCGUAAAAAGAGACUAACCAUACCCUUAUAAAUAAAUGAUACAGGAAGUAAUGAUUGAAGAGAAGAAACUUAUGGAUUCAAAUGUCAGAAUCGAGCCUAGAAAGAAGUUCAUUAUUAUUGAGGACUCAUUUAUGAAAAUGCUUGGCGGUUUCAAUGAUAAGGUCAGUAGAAUUUUGGAUCCAAGAAGGCCUCUAUUAAAAGAUGAGACUAUUAUAGAUUAUGAUAUGAGCAGCGAGGAAGAAUGGAAUGAAUAAAAUGGAGAAGAUGUGAAUGCCAAUGAUGGUGAAGACGAAGAUGAUGAGGUUGAGAAAAUUCUAGAGGAAGAAGGAGAGCCAGAAGGUUUCAUUGUUGAUGAUGGUUACUUUUCAGCAAGUGAACUCAUGUUUAGUCAGUAGGAUGGUAGCUAAGUUCAAUUAGCUCUCUAAGAGAAAAGAUAAUAGUAUGCCAAUAGAUACAAUCAAGAUAACUAAGACAGAAAUAAAAAUCAUUAUAAGAUGCUGUGGGAUGAGUCUAAUAGAGGAGUUAUCAAUUAUCUUAAAGAUUUUAGAGCAGUUUCAUUCCCAAAAACAAGAGUCUUUCCAAUUAAAGUUAAAAAUUCCUACGAAGACAUGAGGGACAAUGAGGGAAUGGAGGACAAGGGCAACUCUGCAAACAAAUUAAAUCCUAAGGCCAUCAACCUAAAGCUGAAUGAGUUGAUUAAAAUGAUGCAUGGAUCUUUUGAAUCUAAGCAAAAGAUCAUCGAAGAUUUUUAACUCAAAAAUCCUGAGUGCAGUAAAAAAUCAAUUGAAAGAAAAAUGAGAGAUCUUUUUGAGAAAGAUAAGAAAGGAUAGGAUCCAAGACAAAGAUGGUAUGCAACAGAAAGUACUCUGAUUGAAUUUAACUUGCAAGAUGAUGAAGAUUUGAAAUUGGUCUUCAAUGAGAGAUUCAAUCAGGUUGUUGAAGAAAUCAAUAAAGUCAAGCAGGAAAAUAUUCAAAUCAAAGAAGAAAAGAAAAAGGAAAAGUAACAAUAAAAGCUUGAGACCCAAUUAUAGCAAUAGCAGCAGUAACUCUAAGCUCAUACGACCCCUAUUAAAUAGCAAACUAUUACAUUUAAGGAUAUUGAGAAAUUGGAUACUAAGUAAAGAGAUCUUGGUAAAGAGUUUGAGGCUAUUAAUCUUGAGUCAAUUAACACUGAAAACUAAGAUAUGACAAUGAUAGAUGCUAAUGAUGAUAAACAGUCUUGCGAGAAAAAUGUGAAAGCAUUGACAUCAGACUUGAAGAAUACUAACGAGCUCAAGAAGAUGCCACCGAUGCAAAGCUUAACAAAGUAUUACCAGAAGACUAAUCCAGAGGAGAAAUAGAAGUUAGUUGAAUAAGAACUUAAUAAGGCAAAAAGUUAACUGUUAAUAAAAUAAGAUAUUGCCCCUCCUAAGGGUCAGUAGAUGCUUUCAUUUACACAAGCAGCUAAUCUUGGAGAUAAAAAGGCUUCCACUUUAAAAACUCAGGAUAUUGGGGGAGAUCUCUAAUUAAAGGUUAAGAAACAUAAGAAUAAGAAAUCAGAAGUCAAGCCAUAAUUGAAAGAAGAAGCUAAAGAGACCAUAUAAAAAGCUGAAAAAAAAUAAAAGCCUAACGGUAUCAAGAAAGAACUACUUUCAAAAGAAUCAAAGGCUAAAGUUGCUAAAAAGGUAGGAAAAGUGUCUAAGAAACAAAAAUCAUCUGAUAAGAAUGCGAAUGGAUCCUAAUAAAAAAAGAAAAGAUAGAGUAAAAAGAAAAGCAAAGUCAUGCCAGAGAAUGAAGAUUAAAAUCUGCCAACAUCAGAGGCGAUAAAUGAGUUGUAAUAAAUAAGUUAGGAGUAAUAGAGGAUAGUGAAUGAAUAGGAGGAAAUUGAGUCCUCUUAAAAUUCCGAAUCCUUGUAAUUUUAAUGCUCUAAUAAAGAUCGAGAAGCCUAAAGCAUUUCAAUGUAAAUUGCUUGA